UACAAGGGAGCAGGCUUCAUGUUCGGAUGGUGCGCCGGGUUAUUCUGAACAGCAUGUGAUGAGCGCAACAACGUCCACCUUGAGGUCAAGGUACAAAAUACGCAAAAAAUUAGUCAGAGCACAAGGGGCCAUGGCUUACUCUUUUUCGAGCAAAAAUUCUCGCUACAAUUUUAAAAGACAGAACCAGUCAAAAUCUGAGGUCUCAUCUUUAUGUGGGUUGCCAUUACCAAUCUCAUCGUUUAGACUGAUUGUUAAGAAGGCAAUUGCUACUUUGCGCUUUCAACGAACACCGCUGUGCUCGUAUUACGUUAAAACGGGACGGUGCCGAAGUGAAAAGAGCUGCCGAUUUGCUCACGACGCAAAUUAUCUUAGACUCUGUCCGAGGCAAGUUAUUUGUCUCAGCUUCCCCCAUGCCGUGGUGUGCUUCUUGAAGUUCUUUGCUUUUUGAUUCUUGCAGCAAACUUGCACUCUUGGCGAGAUUAUGUGUCCCUUGGCUCAUGUUCUCGACCCCUGUCGACUUCCGCAGUGCGAAUUUUUCUCCGGUGGCAAUUGCCACCGUGAUUCUUGUCCAUUUCUUCACGUGAAUUAUCCAAAGGACGCUCCCAUUUGUCCCAACUUUGCCCGCGGCCGCUGCGAACUCGGGCGGAAGUGCAAUAAACGACACGUCUGGCAGUUACGAAAAAGGCGUGAGUCGUCUUCAAAGCGGAAAAUUGUGAACUUUUCGGAUGACGAAGAGGCAAAAAGUGCCUUUAUGUCUUCCCCCGAGUCUCCGCCGUCGGGUUCUCUUAGAGAUGUCUUUCCUGCUCCAGCUUUCAUUCCCUU